CAUACGAGGGGCGCAGAAAGAAGUGGCAACUACGGCGGGAUCUGCAGAGCUGAGCCAGGUGGAGUACCACCACCUGAACUCAGGAAGAAAAUUCUGAUGUAGCGACAUGGCAGACUGGGCUGGCUGAGAGGUCGAGCCCGCUCACACCGACCGCCUACGACCAAUGUUCCCGGAUGCACUGGAGUCCAGCGCCUGCCCCUUCGCCAUUAACACCCUGUAGGCAUUAUUAGGUACUCGAGCAGUAGGUUAGCAGUGCUUUAGAACCCAGGCGGCCACGUGUUCUCCCGCGGGUGCGCAGGAAGCCCAAGUGAUGGCUUUGCCGGCUGAACGCUGCGGGCACCUAAAUCCUUGUAAUCCGUCCCUUCCCCGAAAACAGCGCCCGAUCCUCUGUACUGUCACGCGGAAGGCGAUCUUUCUGAAGGACUUGAAGGUCAUCCCCGGGGCAGCAGCUGCCAAUAUCAUCCUUGUCAGAACCUCACUGCCCGUAUUGGGAAAAUGCAGAUUGAACCUGGCUCCGUGGGGCCUAAGGGUGUGCUGGGCACCGGGAAGCGAGUCCCGGGGGCCUUGACUGGGCAGUCACCACCGCGGGAAACACUCCUUUGGACACCUUUUCGGGAAAUUAUUUGAGUAAAGUCAGGUGGUCUGUCACGUGAAUGGUUAAAAGUUGUUACCUUGCAGAAGAAGUGGGAGGGGGCGGGGAGGAAGAACUGGCUUUUGGAGCUUGGCUGGAAACUACAAAACCGAGCUUCUUGGGAAUUCCUUUUAGUCUAACAGGAAGUGGAGCGUCACCAAAUAGGAGGGGUGGCCACUCAGUACCUGUCCCCUGCUUCAGGCGCUCACUUUGCGGGCGGCCGUUUCCCAGGUUAUCAAUCCAACGAAUGAUGCACGCUGCUUGGUUUCGGAAAAAGGAAAAAACAAAAAUGAGCAAGCGAGACGCCCCUUCCGUUUAUGCUAACCAAGCUACAAGCAAAUAAAUCGGUGGCCCCACUGCAAUUUUCUGCACUCGAGGUUAACUGCAUAUUCUAUGGGAGACCUGUGAUUAAAGACUGAGAAAUGAAAGCAGAGAGCAUGAAGGGGCAAGAUUUCCUCUCCCACCAUGGUUUCUCGUUUCCAGCAAUAACCAGCAAGAAUGGGAAGGAUGCCAUCUCUCAUCCUCGGUCAUCUACCCUCACCCUAUUUUAGACCCAUGAUUUUUUAGUAGUGCCAAGAGAGCUUAUGCCUAUCAAUCACUGAAGCCAUAAAAAGUUUUCUGAAAAGUUAAUCACACAAUGAGGUGUUGCCCCCUCUGCAAACUUCCUGGGAGAGUAAUGGGGAUUCGAGUGCUUCGUUUUUCUUUGGUGAUCAUCCUUGUGCUACUACUGGUAGCUGGGGCUUUAACCAAUUUACUUCCCAAUGUCAAAGAAGACAAGAUGCUCACUUUGCGCAGGGAGGUAAAAUCCCAGGGCAAGUUCACUCUGGAUUCUUUCACUCUCAUCAUGCAGACGUACAAUAGAACAGAUCUCUUGUUGAGACUUCUAAACCACUAUCAGGCAGUACCACAUCUGCACAAAGUAAUUGUGGUAUGGAACAAUGUCGGGGAGAAGGGACCAGAUGAGUUAUGGAAUUCUCUUGGACCUCAUCCUGUUCCUGUGAUCUUCAAACUACAAACCACAAACAGGAUGAGAAAUCGACUCCAAGCCUUUCCUGAGGUGGAAACCAAUGCGGUAUUAAUGGUAGACGAUGACACACUCAUUAGUGCCCAGGACCUUGUUUUUGCUUUCUCUGUUUGGCAGCAAUUCCCUGAUCAAAUUGUAGGAUUCGUUCCUAGAAAGCAUGUCUCUACUUUAUCAGGUAUCUAUAGUUAUGGAGGUUUUGAACUACAAACACCAGGGUUUGGAAAUGGUGACCAGUACUCCAUGGUGCUGAUUGGAGCCUCGUUCUUCAAUAGUAAAUAUCUUGAACUCUUUCAGAGACAACCUGCAACUGUCUAUGCUUUGAUAGAUGAAACUCAAAACUGUGAUGAUAUUGCCAUGAAUUUUAUCAUUGCCAAGCACAUUGGGAAGACUUCAGGGAUAUUUGUGAAACCUGUAAACAUGGGUAAUUUGGAAAAAGAAACCAAUGGUGGCUAUUCUGGAAUGUGGCAUCGAGCUGAGCACUUUCUGCAGAGGUCUUAUUGUAUAAAUAAGCUUGUUAGUAUCUAUGAUGGCAUGCCCUUAAAAUACUCCAACAUUAUGAUUUCCCAGUUUGGUUUCCCAUAUGCCAACCACAAAAGUAAAAUGUGAAAGUAAAACACAAACAAACCUGAAAACUGCUUGGUAUUUGAGUAACUUCUCCAUGCUAUGUAUUUUUGUUCUUAAGCAACAUCAUGAAUUUUUUUCUUUUCUAGAAGUCUCUACAAUAGAAAAAAAUAUGCAGCACUUCUAGAAUAUAAAAUUCACAUUAACUUCAAAAACCAAGAAGCUAGUUUAUCUACCUAGGUCUUUUCAUGAAGAGUUUUCAUCCAAGGUUGUAAUGCCUUGGUUAACAGUUUUAUUGUUUACAUCUCAAGACUGUUUAUAAUUGCUUUGAUUCCUGGCAUUUGCCUUAACGACCUAUAGCAAGCUGUUUCCAGAAUUGGAAACUCAAGAAAGGCAUUUCUCAGCUUUUUCACUAAGGCUGAUUGUUUUAAUUUGAAGCCUGAAAUGCCUCUUUAGGAAAAGCCUGCAGUAUAAGGAAAAGCCAUGUGAGGAGAGAAUUUUCAAUCCCUUAUGAAAACACAGAAAAGAUGACCCUUCCAGAGUUAGCUCUGCCCAGCAUGGUUUGGAUGCAACAUUCUGUGUUGUUGUUUUUAUUGCUAAGUCUGCUGUGACUGGGAGCAUAAGUUUUAGUAACUAAAGGAUGUCUAGUUGUUUGCUUGAUUUUUGUGAGUCACUGCAUGGAUCACCCAAAAAUGCAGCCUGUGUUUCUUAUAUGCAACUUAAGUGCAGCAAGGAGUAAAUGUGUUACUGCAUUUUGUGACUGAAUCUGAUUUGAAGAAUGUACAUUAAUUCUUAUACUUUACAUGAAGUAUGUUUAAAAAACGUGUAAAAUAACUUGGAAGAAUGAGUAAGGAACUAGCAGAAGUGAAAAUCCUCAAUAUCAAAAGAUUUUUAUUAUUAAAGUGUGGGUUAUCUUAUGAAUACUAAAUAGCUGUAAGUAUUACAUACAAAUGCUUGCAUUCAGAACUUUUUUUCCUUUGAAUAAGAUCCAAGGCACUAUUCAUCAUGAUGAAAUUUCAAUUGCAUAGAUAUAAGAAAAAAUGAGAACUGAGUCAUAGCAGAAAUUCUAUAGGGAGUCCACAUCAGUUUAUUGUUAAGAUUGCCCACUCUGUUCUGUGAAUCAAUGUCUAUGUCCCACCCAGUCUAUGAUUAGUUGUUCACCACUACUGACAAGGGGUACUUAAUUAGGCCUCCAUCACUUUUUCUUCCUCCUCCUUCUCACCCUCCUCCUCUUCUACCACACUGCCUUCUCAACACAAUGCCUGUAUACUCUCAAAGUUGCAAGUAUAGUAAAAUAAUCAUGUUAAUGUUCCAACAUUGAGGUCAUUGUGCAGUUAGUUCAUUAUAUGUUUUGUUUUGUUUUGUUUUGUUUGUUUGUUUUUACCCUGGAGUGUAUACAUGUCAAUGUGGUCAGGCUAAAAAACAUUGUUUUGAAACCUCACUAAAAAUCAGUAAUGUCAAUCAUCUGCUUUCCCCAACCCUGUCCAAUACCUUUUUGCCUUCUGUCAGAUAAAUAAAUAAACUUUAACCCUCAGUGUUUGUAUGUUGAUUAAGCAGA